AUGUGUACCCAGCCAGAGAAUACACUGGGCUAUGAUUUGUCUGUGCUUGAUUUGUCGCUUGCAUCCUUCGAUGUUGACGUAACCUGUAUGUCUGGAUACAUUGGAGCUCCUACAGUAGCCAAAUGUACUGGGGACGGCCGUCCAUUUUCGGUGGCAGGCUGCAAGCUUCAGACGACAACAACUUCGACCACCACGAUCACAACAACUACCACGACUACCACCACCACUACCACCACUUCAACCACUACAACUGCAACUUCAACAAGCACUUCUACCACAACCUCCACAAGAACUUCAUUGAGCACAACAACAACCAGCACAACAACGUCUACCACCAUCACCACAACGACAACAAGUACAUUCACCACAACCAGUACCACAACAACAACAGCAACUACCACGACAACUUCCACGACCACAACUACUUCUACCACAAUAACAAGCACAUCGACAACAACCACUACAACAACAUUCACUAGCACAACUACCACCAGCACAACGACUACCACAACUACGUCGACCACCACUCUCGUGCUUUUUUGCCUAGAUGCUGAAGACAAAACGGGCUAUGACCUGGUUGAAAACAGCCUCCAGCUCAAUGUUGCGGCGUUCUCCGUCAAUGCCUCUUGUGCCAAUGGCUACUAUGGAGUUGCAAAAGCAAUUAUUUGCAAGUCCGCAGACGAGCCAUACACACUCAGCGGUUGUCACAAGAUCGAGACCUGUCAAGAGCCUCAGGCUCUUGGUUAUGAGUUGAGCGAUGGCAGCCGGAACUUGCAUGACUGGAGCCUUACAGCACAUUGUGCAAUGCACUUUCACGGCAAUGCAAAGGUCCAGAAAUGCACCAAGGAUGCUGAAGAGUUUCAAAUUUCAGGAUGUGAGCCAGAUGCAUGUUCUGCGCCAGCGGACAAGACUGGGUACGUGGUGGCCGAGGAUGCAACAGAAAUCUUUCGAUUCAGCGUGGAAGCGACGUGUGCUUCGGGAUACAAAGGCACACCGCAGGUAAUCCCUUGCAAACAGCACUCAGGCGAAUACCAACUGUCAGGUUGCGAGCAAACCACUACUACUACGACUACCACAACAUCGACAACCACAACAACGACAACCACAACAACUACGACAAGUACCACAAGUACCACAACCAGCACAAGCACAACCACCUCGACCACGACCACAACUACUUCAACCUCCACAACGACAAUUACAUCGACCAGCACAGUGACCAGCACUACGACUUCUACAACGACCACGACCACUACGAGCACCUCAACAUCCACAACAACUGUCACCACAACCACAAUUACUAGCACCAGGACCAGCACCUCCACGACAACCACUACUACCACUACGUCGACGACAACUUCAACUACUACCACAAGCACCGCCACAACGACAUCUACAACAACAACAUUCACCAGCACAACUACAAUCACUACUACAACCAUCACAUCCACUACCACUUCAACCACUACUACGACGACAACAACUACGUCAACUACUACAACCUCAACCUCUACUACGACCACAACCUCAACAACUACAACAUCGACAUCCACAUCUACUACCACUACAACGUUAACAACAACGACGACCACAACAUCCACCACCACUACAACAAUUACCUCGACAACAACAACGACAACUAGCACAUCUACAACAACGACAACUACGGCCACCACUACCAGCACAACCACCACUACUACUACUUCAACCAGCACUUCAACCACAAAAACUAGCACCACAACCACCACCACCACAUCCACGACCACAACUUCGACCUCAACAAGCACCACUACGACUGUUGCAGAAUGCACUACGCCAGCUCUAAAUGACAGAAAAGGCUACGUGGUGAGAAGCGUCAGCACUUACAUCUUCAACUUUGAAGUUGCAGUCAAGUGCGAUGAGAACUACUUGGGCACAGCUAGAGUGUGCAGAGGUGCCAAAAGCACGGCGAGCCCUACAAGCUAA